AUGGCUUCAAGACCCGUUGUCCAACAGCAAAACAGAGCCGAGGCAGGUCCAGGGGAUGUUAAGCAGAAAAACACGGCCCCCAAAGGGCGCCGUGCACUAGGUGAUAUUGGGAAUCUGGUUACAAUUCGGGGAGUCGAUGGCAAACCAUUGCCUCAAGUCUCCCGCCCUGUUACAAGGUUUAUCUCUCGUCUUCCUCUCCCUUUACAUGUGUGCCUACUAGGUAAAUACUUAAGUUACACCUCUCUCUAA